AUGGAUCCUCAAGCCAAAACUCAAACCAGUUGCAUUGGAAAAUCGUUCAAUCGACGGAGACAAGGAGAGGCGUUGGCGGGGCUUCUCACGGAAAUCAACCCAAGUUGGAUGAUCUACGAAAUCGCAAAUGUUGUGCAGUCUCGAAGGAGGAAUUUGAUCCCAUUUCUAGCUCCGUACGUCAAUGCUACGCCUCCAAAUCUCGAUGCCUACUCGAAACUAGCUCGCCGGUCGUCGCUGGCUUGUUCUUUCCAACCAACGCGGAUUGUCGCCCUCAGUCUCUACGAUUCGGAUGCAACAGCCUUAGGUUCACAUCAACCUUCCACUAUUUCGUAUGGCAACUACAUUUGCACCAGCUUUGAUCUCGAAACACCAGUCGCAGAGACCAAGGUCGUUCUUCAAGUGCUCGAACCCGUUCAUGUCCUGUAG